AUGUACCCUCAAUCGCGACCAUAUCGAGUUCGUCGUCGUCGAGCUUCCUAUUCUCGACGAGGACCAACAUUUAUCCCUCGAGCUCCAUUACCAGGAGGUCCAGGAGCUGGAUUAGGCGCUGGUGCCGCUGCGGGUGGUCUUGCCGGUUUAAUCGGUGGUUUAAGUAUACCACUCCUUUGUCUUGGUUGUCUAUCAGCAUUAGCUCUUCUAGGGCUUUUUGCUACUAUGAUUGGUGCUGCAGCUUAUAUGAACGCCAUUCAACAGCAACUUCGUAGAAAUAUUCAAGGUGCUGGUACGAUGAUUGAACUCAACCUUGUGGUUCUCUUCUGUGCUCUUAUUUGCUCGAUUUAUAUGUUAUCAAAACAUCGUCGUGGUGUUGCUAGCACCUGA